UUUUGCUUGUGUCUGUAGUAGCGAUUACAAUUGUGUGGGUGAUAUAUAUGUUGCUUGGACUUCCUCUGACUCUUCAUCAUCAGUCCGUGGAAAAUCAGUCCAACGUUGUUAUAGACGAAGUGAGCGAGUUUCAUAUAAAUUUCGCUGACAACGAAAAAAGUAAUCCAAAGAAUAACAAUAAACGCGUGUAGAGUGGUGAGCAUUAAUUGCUUUGAAAAUAAUCAUCCUUGAUUAUUUGGGUGCAUCAAGCAGAAUGAAAGACAUAAACGCACAAAUUCAGAAGGAUGGGUACGCUGUGUUGGAGAAUUUUUUCACCCCUGAGGAGGUAGACGAGAUGAAGAGUUGUGGGGAGGAGUUCACUAAUAAUUUACCACCGGAAAAUCAAAGGAGAGUUUUCAGCACAGUUGAUAGCCAACAGAGUAAAGAUGAGUAUUUCCUCGACAGCGCUCACAAAGUUAGUUAUUUUUUCGAAUCCGAGUCACUCGAGGAUGACGGAAAGUUGAAGGUCCACCCAAGAGUGUCUUUGAAUAAGGUAGCACAUGCUCUUCACUGGCUUCAUCCGACAUUCAAAAGGCUGACUUUUGACGAGAGGAUAAAGGAGGCUGCGUUUCAGUUGAAUUUCCAGGAGCCCGCGGUCGUUCAGUCCAUGUAUAUCUACAAAAAUCCAGGGUUGGGGUCAGAAGUAAUUGCCCAUCAGGACGCUUCUUAUCUCCACACGGAGCCAGUAAAGCUCAUUGGAUUUUGGAUAGCACUGGAUGAUGCGACACUAGAUAACGGAUGCCUCUGGAUUGCCCCAGGAUCGCACAAGAGCGGUGUCCACAGAAGAUACGUCAGGAACAAGGAUCCAGCCUCCCAGGAUUUUCUCAUUUACGAUAAACCAGCCCCGUGUUAUCCUAUGAGCAAUUUUCGUCCAGUUACGGUGCGAAAGGGCAGCUGCAUUCUCAUCGAUGGUCAAGUUGUUCACUUCUCUAAGGCCAAUAAAAGCGGAAAUUCACGACACGCAUAUACUUUCCAUAUUAUCGAGACAACAGACGUGCGUUAUUCCAAGGAUAAUUGGCUUCAGCCACCAACAGGUGGAUUUCCACUCCUCUAUAGGCAUUGAUUUAAAUAUUGAUGACUCGGAAAUGUUAAUUAAUUGCAGGCCCGAUUACCGCAGGCUGUGAAGUGAUUUUUCAUAUGUAAAAACGAAAUGAUUCAAAUAGAAAGCGAAACUAUUCAAAUCUUUUCGAGUAUUCUCCUUUUUACUUGAAACUCACUGUCAUCAAAUGUUUUUGUCAUUGAAAUUUAAGUUUUGUAAACAAUAUUUCUUCGCUUUUUGACGUGUUAUUGUCUUGUUGAAUUCGAGAAAAAUAUGCCUUUAUCAUAACAAGCUAUUGUGAAAUCUGUUUUGUACUGAAUAGAUUAUGAUAAAUAUUAAAAAUCACAUUGAUUUA